UCUUUCAAAUUUUUAUUCUUUUUUCUUUUCAUGCCAUAAAAAACACUUUUUUUCUUCUAAAAAUAUAUAUUUGGAGCUUAAGUAGCACUUUUCCAUUCUUUUAUACGUAAAAAUUGGGACUUUGGAGUAAGUUACACGUGGUAGCUGCUAUACGAGAAUUGGGAUUAGCCGAGGUUUCUGGGUUUGGGUAUUGCUAUGUAAUUUUGGAUAAAGUUUACUGCUUUUUGGUUUUUUGUUUUUUUGGGUGUAUUAAAGGGUGUUUCGUCCGACGUGGGGUGAACAUUUCCAUUACUUUUGCUGUUUCUGUUGUGAAGUGGGAGUUUAUUUUUGAACAGAAGAGACAAAAAUAUAAUGCUUUUGGAUUAAACUUCCAGGUCCUCUCUUUGUUUCAUCUGGUUAUGGACCUCUUUUGUUUCUUAAAAUCAUGCUGUAAAAGUUUUCAAAUUUCAUCAUGUUUUAAGUGUAGAGACCGUUUGAGUGCUUCGGAAAUUAUGUGGUGUAUAUAUUCAUAGUUGUUUUUGUCAAUAUCUCAGGCAGUAAGCACUAAAGUUUUGUUUGAGCUAAUUUGCUUAGUCUAUUUGUUUGAUUGCAUAGCUAUCAAUACUGAGCUGUAGGCUAUAGUUAUGCCAAAUGCAACCAACUUCUGUGCGAGUAGAUUGUAGUGAGUUUCUUAGUGCUUCUAUCUGAGCCAAAUGUUUUAUAUACUAUUUUAAAACUUCAUGAUCCCUUGAAAUUUCUAGAUUAUCCCAAACCCCAUAUUUUCCCCCACAAAAAUCUUAUACAAAAAGUUGUGAUCCAAAGAGUUCACUAUUCCUCUUAUCUAGUGAAUAUCAUAUUCAGAGGGAAAUUCUAUUGGAUAGCUUUAAGACCGGCAAUGAUCUAUGGUGGGGAAUGUGGGAAAGGAAAGACCAAGAGCAAUAAGUAUAUCAAACCUGAGAAUGCUGAAGUAGAUACAAGGGAAACUAAGAUUUAGGGAUGGAUGUGUCCAAGAGAAAGUUGCAGUGUUGAGUAGCACUUAUUGAGGAUUGAUGACAGAAACUUGGUUAAGUUCUGUUUUUGAAGAAGGGAGAUUCUGUGAAAUCUUUCACUCAAAUGCAUCUGGUUGGAGGACUUGUGAGACUUGUAGGAAGCGGAUUCAUUGUGGAUGUAUUGUUUCAAGUCAUGCCUUUAUGUUGUUGGAUCCUGGAGGAAUUGAGUGCCUUGCAUGUGCCCGCAAACAUAUGGUUUUGCCAUCUAACUCGCCAUGGCAUCAAUCUUUCUCCCUUCAAAAUCGUUUACCAGAAAGAAUUAGAGACAUGUCUGGAAAAAAUUGGAGUCAAUUAGCUGGAUCAGGUCCUGUUCCAUGGAAACAAGCACCGAGUUUGUUCAACUCAGUUUCUUCAUCUGACUUACAUCCAGAUGUGCCAUCCCUAGUUGAAUUGUCUAAUAGCAUUGACAAAAGGUAUGUCAUUGAAAGGUUACCUGCCUCGACCAUGGAAAAGAAAAAUGACGAUUUGUCUGGAAUAUCUGUUAACUGGAGUGUAAAGCUUGGUACCCGGGAAACGAUGUUUAUGAAUGACCUUGCAGGAAUAAGGAAUGAUGACAAACCAAGUUCAGGUUUAAAUAUGUGCCAGCAGCCUCCAUCUCUGAAGGAAGAUUCAUCUUCUCAACCAUUUGGUAUGUCUAUACCUUAUGCAUCUGCAAAUGAAAGAAAUGGUCAAAUUGGAGUGACAGGAAGUCAUUCGCAACAAAUACAAACUCCCCCAGGAAAACAUUUCAGUGGUCUUAUGCAAUUAGCGCUUGACUCGUCAAGUGAAGCUCUGGUUCGUAAUGGACGGCCUCGGGCAGAUGCCCGAGGAAGAAACCAGUUAUUGCCACGGUACUGGCCCAGGUGUACUGAUCUAGAGCUACAACAAAUAUCUAUAGAUUCUAAUUCAGUAAUCACUCCCUUGUUCCAAAAAACCUUGAGUGCCAGUGAUGCUGGGAGAAUUGGGCGUUUAGUGCUACCAAAAAAGUGUGCCGAGGCCUACUUCCCACCAAUUUCUCAGCCUGAAGGAUUGCCACUUAAAAUCCUUGAUGCAAAAGGCAAGGAAUGGAUAUUUCAAUUUCGCUUCUGGCCAAACAAUAAUAGCAGGAUGUAUGUUUUAGAGGGUGUCACUCCUUGCAUACAGUCAAUGCAGUUGCAAGCAGGUGACACAGUAACAUUUAGUCGAUUGGAGCCAGAAGGGAGGUUGGUUAUGGGAUUUAGAAAGGCUUCAAAUGCCACGCCAUCUGAUCAGGACAAUGAAACAAAUAAGAAUGGAAAUGGAUUUUCUGCACCUGGUGAAGUUGAGUUGGCUGAUCCUAGUUCAUGGUCUAAAGUUGAUAAAUCUGGCUACAUAGCAAAAGAUGCAUUGGGGAGCAAAUCUUCAAUGCCUAGAAAGAGAAAGCUCAACAUCUUGGGUUCAAAAAGUAAACGUCUAAAAAUUGAAAGUGAGGAUAUGAUAGAGCUGAAGAUUACGUGGCAAGAAGCUCAAGGCCUGCUCCGUCCCCCUCCUAGCCAUGUCCCAAGUAUUGUUGUGAUUGAAGGUUUUGAAUUUGAGGAAUAUGAGGAUGCUCCGGUGCUUGGAAAGCCUACAAUUUUCACAGAUGAUAAUACGGGUGAAAAGGUCCAGUGGGCUCAGUGCGAAGAUUGUCUCAAAUGGCGUAAAUUGCCAGCAAGUGCACUUCUUCAAUCAAAAUGGACAUGUUCAGAUAAUUCAUGGGAUCAAGAAAGAUCUUCAUGUUCGGCUGCUCAAGAGAUGACAACAGAAGAGAUUGAGAAUUUGCUUCCACCUUGUAAUUCAGGUGCUUCCAACAAAAUGAAGGCUACCAAGCAGGAAUCUGAUAAUGCUGAAGCUUUGGAGGGACUUGACACACUCGCAAAUUUAGCUAUUUUGGGAGAGGGUGAGUCACUCCCUACGUCUGCCCAGGCCACUACUAAACACCCGCGUCAUAGGCCGGGCUGCUCAUGUAUUGUUUGCAUUCAACCUCCCAGUGGAAAGGGCCCCAAGCAUAAGCAGUCAUGCACAUGUAAUGUCUGCUUAACGGUGAAGCGUCGAUUUCGGACUCUAAUGUUACGACGUGAAAAGAAACAAUUUGAGAAGGAAGCAGAGACUACACGUAAAAAGCAAAAGCAACCACAUUCUCAACCAUUACAUUCAUCCGAAAUUUUUCUUGAGGAUGAUUCCUUGCCUUGUAGUAACCCUGUUGACAGUAGUAGUCCAAAUCAAAAUAAGGAAGGCAACGAGGUUUCUGAUGAAGAUCCAAACCAGGUAAAAUCAUCUACCUCACCUUUUAAAGGCCAAAUCGACCUGAAUAUCCAGCCAGAACGGGAAGAAGAGUCAUCUCCCGGUUCAGAUUCCGGUGGCAUGAUGAAAUCGCUCCACAAUGCUGUUGAGAGGUGUACCAAACCGACAUUGAACAGCGGUAUUGGAGAUACAUCUGGAAGUCAGUCACGUCAGGUUGCGGAUGGAGUCAGGGAAGAUCAACUUAGCAAUGGUGUAGCUCUCGGCAGUAGUAGUCAUGGUAGCAAGGAACAUGCACAAGCUUUGCCUAUGAAUCUGUGAAAAUUAUAGUGUACAUUUAUCACUUCGGCUUAAUGCUUGUUCAGGUGUACAUAAUGAAGGGUAGGAAAAAAGGGCAAUUUGAUGAACAACUAUUUGGAUAAUAUAGACGGAAAACAUCAUCAUAGGCAUAGCAGUUUGUUUAGUGAAAUGCUGAUUGGGGUUUGGGUUGAAGCUAUUUAGUUUCUUGAAAAGCUCACCAAUUCCACCUUAUUCAACAAUGCAAAAAAUGUAACUAACCCUAAUUUGUUCUAUCGAUUUAUUAUUAGCCUGAAA